CAAGUGGCGAGUGUGGCGGCCACAGGCCCGACAGUCCUGGAGCUGCCCUGCGUCCUUCCUCAGCUGUCCCCGAGAGCGGGAGCGCCCUGCCUCAGCCAUGGACAUGGGGGGCCUGGACAACCUGAUCGCCAACACCGCCUACCUGCAGGCCAGGAAGACGGACUCGGACAGCCGCGAGCUGCAGCGGCGCCGUCGGAGCCUGGCGCUGCCCGGCCCGCAGGGCUGCGCCGAGCUGCGCCAGUCGCUGUCCCCGCACUUCCACAGCCUGUGCGAGCAGCAGCCCAUCGGCCGCCGCCUCUUCCGAGACUUCCUCGCCACCGUGCCCAAGUACAGCCAGGCCGUGGCCUUCCUGGAGGACGUGCAGAACUGGGAGCUGGCCGAGGAGGGGCCCGCCAAGACCAGCACGCUGCAGCAGCUGGCGGCCACCUGUGCGCGUGACCCGGGACCACAGUCCUUCCUCAGCCAGGACCUGGCCACCAAGUGCCGAGCAGCCGCCACGGAUGAAGAGCGCAAGACCCUGGUAGAGCAGGCCAAGGCGGAGACCAUGAGCUUCCUGCAGGAGCAGCCGUUCCAGGACUUCCUGGCCAGCCCCUUCUACGACAGGUUUCUGCAGUGGAAACUCUUCGAGAUGCAGCCCGUGUCCGACAAGUACUUCACCGAGUUCCGAGUGCUCGGGAAGGGCGGCUUCGGGGAGGUGUGUGCCGUCCAGGUGAGGAACACGGGUAAGAUGUACGCCUGCAAGAAACUGGACAAGAAGCGGCUGAAGAAGAAGGGUGGGGAGAAGAUGGCUCUCCUGGAGAAGGAGAUCCUGGAGAAGGUGAACAGCCCUUUCAUCGUCUCUCUGGCCUACGCCUUCGAGAGCAAGACCCACCUCUGCCUGGUCAUGAGCCUGAUGAACGGGGGAGACCUCAAGUUCCACAUCUACAACGUGGGCACACGCGGCCUGGCCAUGAGCCGGGUGAUCUUCUACACGGCCCAGAUGACCUGCGGGGUGCUGCACCUGCAUGGCCUCGGCAUUGUCUACCGGGACCUGAAGCCCGAGAACGUGCUCCUGGAUGACCUCGGCAACUGCAGGCUGUCCGACCUGGGGCUGGCCGUCGAGGUCCAGGAUGACAAGCCCAUCACCCAGAGGGCUGGAACCAAUGGCUACAUGGCCCCUGAAAUCCUGAUGGACAAGGCGAGCUAUUCCUACCCCGUGGACUGGUUUGCAAUGGGAUGCAGCAUUUACGAAAUGGUGGCUGGACGGACACCAUUCAAGGAUUUCAAGGAAAAGGUCAGUAAAGAGGAUCUAAAGGAAAGAACCAUGAAAGACGAGGUCGCGUUCCACCAUGAGAACUUCACAGAGGAGACGAAAGACAUCUGCAGACUCUUCUUGGCUAAGAAACCAGAGCAACGCUUAGGAAGCAGGGAGAAGGCGGACGACCCUAGGAAGCACCCUUUCUUCCAGACGGUCAACUUCCCGCGCCUGGAGGCCGGCCUCGUGGAGCCCCCGUUCGUGCCCGACCCGUCGGUGGUUUACGCCAAGGACGUGGACGAGAUCGACGACUUCUCCGAGGUCCGCGGGGUGGAAUUCGACGACAAAGACAAGCAGUUCUUCCAGAGGUUUUCCACAGGCGCUGUCCCCGUGGCGUGGCAGGAAGAAAUCAUAGAGACGGGAUUGUUCGAGGAACUCAAUGACCCCAACAGGCCGUCCGGGGACGGGAAGGGCGAUUCCUCCAAGUCUGGGGUGUGCCUGUUGCUCUAGAGGGUUCCCCCAGCAGCAGCCAGGAGCAGCCUGGGUGCCCGGGACCCAGAACCUGCUGAACCAGGGCUGGUCAGUGGGAGGACACUGCCAACCAGGACUGGUCACGACAGGGGGGCUCGAGGCUGAGAUGUGGGGUGCCCCUGUCUCUGUCCCCCUGACCCCCAUGAAAAUCAGCAGAGCCUCGGUUUUCACUGAGGUCUGAGGAAAGGAACCCUCAGGUUUAUUUUUGCUAAAACUACAAGCCUGAGCCCUUCCCCAUUAUGUCUGUGUGAAUGACAGCAAAGUCCCAGGGACAGAGAAUGGAACUUUGGGGUGGACCCAGCAAAUGAGCAUUUGCAAUUCUUAGUAAAUAAUCAUUUUAGUUUUUCCUCUGUUUAUAUUCUUUCUUCUCCUCAUCCUUCAGCAUUUUUGUCUGCUUCUGUGCUUACAAAAAAGAUUUUUGAAGCUAGGAAUCAGUGUCCCUGAUGUUUCUCUCCCCUAAACAGAAAUGGAUUGUUAAUAUUUUGGCAAGUGUUCGGAUCACAGAAUCAUUUUUAACUUCACUGACAGUUUUACAUUUUUUAAAAAUAAUUUAUUAUGAUAAUGUUCAAGCAUUUUUUGAUUUUUUUUUUUUUUUUAGUUAUAGGUGGACACAACAUCUCCAUCUCGUUUAUUUAUUUUUAUGUGGUGCUGAGGAUCAAAACCAGUGCCUCACACAGGCGAGGCAAGUGCUCUGCCAUGGAGCCACAACCCCAGCCCAUGUUCAAGCAUUUUUAUUGUAAAUCUCUAUAAGAAGUAAAUUCUGUAAGUUUAGUUGAGGCUUUUAAGUGAUAUACUAUAAAUUGCUUAUACAUGCAAUUUUAUCUUCCAUCAGUUCCCAAACUUUACUGAAAUUUGGAAUUGCCUAAGGAUCUUUUCAAAAUCGAUGCCUCGUACCCCCACACAUUCUGAUUCCCACCCCUAGCUAUGAAGUACAACCUGAGCAUUUAGAGUUUUAAAAAUCCCCAGAUGAUUCUAAUGUAGAGCAAAUUUUGAUAGAUGAGCUGGGCAUGCUGGCCGAUGCCUGUACUCCCAGCUGCUCCAGAGUCUCAGGCAGGAGGAUCACAAGUUGGAGGAUAGCCUGGGCAAUUUAGUGAGACCCGGUCUCAAAAUGAAAGUGUAAAAAGAGCUCAGGAUAUAGGUAAAGUGCUUGCCGGGCAUAUGCAAGGCCCUGGGUUCUCCCCAGUACCACACGCACACACUACAUUCGUUUGGUAGAUGCACUAUGUAUAUGUACAUAUUAUUACAUGUGGGUCUUGUGUUAGUGAGAUUUGUGAUACUAUAAUAAAAUGCCUGAGAUUAUCAAUUUAA